ACUUGUUUUCUGGAAGUUUCGUCAGAUCUGGCAACCCGGUUCUCUAGAGUUUUUGCCGCGAGGACGUUCCAGGUUUAACCAACCAUCCUUUUUGUCGAAUUUGAAGCAUAAAACCUGUUUGUAUAUUUUAAUGUCCAGCUAUGGCGACAGACAAAGAAACUGCAAGUCAAUGGAAAACAACGGUCAUAAUUAGUUCCUCAAUUCAGAACCAUGAAUCCUGCAGGAUACUCGGUACUCAGGAGCACAGAAUCAGAUUUUCUGACGGUAUCACAUCAGGAGCCUUCAUUUUCCCUUUGUCAGGUACUGCAUUUCUAUUUGUUGAGCUUCAAGAACUUCCAGAAAAUUCUGAAGAACUGGAACUCAUGGAUCGGAUAAAGAACUUUGUGGAUAUCCAUCGUAACUGUUUCCUGCUUCUGUACGUACCCUUUAAUGGACCCAAAGAGCUGCAAACUCUUAAGGUGAUUCAAAACAGGUUUUUUGGCAGUAAUCUUAAAAUCCUUACUGUUCAAAACUAUGCAGAAAUGGUGAAAGGAAUGCUGAUGAUUGUGAAGGCCACCAGUAAGCCCCACAUGGACAGCAUCAGGGACAGGAUGCUUCUGGCCAGAGCUCACAUUAUUGAGAUCAGCCCUGUGUGGGAGAUGCUGAGAGACAUGUUAUAAAGCCUGAUGUGGCUCCUUUUAUCAUUUAGUUUACACUGCAAACCAGGAUCUCUCUUGAGUUUUGCAGAUUCUUGGAUAAAACACAUUUUUCUGCUUUGUCUGCUUUUUGGAUGUGCACCGUUUGAGUCACUCUGGUCAAAAAUAAAAACAG